UAAAAUAAACAAACGAAUCAGCCUGGAUCAAAGAGCUUGCAAUGGCGGCCAGAUACUCCUCCAUCUCCGCCCUCGUCGUGCUUUCUCUAUCCCUCUUCCUUGCAACUGCCGUCUUUGCCUUCCAGUCCGACGAGCUUCUAGUCGACGACGAGGAAUUUGGCCUCGAAGGCGGCCGAUCUUCAGAUUCAGUUGCCGAUAGCCGACCGGUUUCCACUCCGUCUGCUCGCAAGCGCUCCUCGGAUUCGAGCUCCGAUCCGGACUCCAAAAUACAGUUUUUGUUAGAACAUGCGUUCGGAGACUCUGAUUUCUCGCCUGCCGGCACAUUCUCUGCUCGAGUCAAGACUUCGUCGCAUGGCGGCCAGACUCUUACAAAGCUUCGGUUCUCAAGGAAUCCCUUUGACGAGGCAGAGAAGGAAAAUUUUAGGAGUCUUCUCAAGGAAGACGACUUUUAUAGAGUAAGGCUGCCCUCUAAUGUGUUAGGCCUGCCUGGUAAAGGGUAUGCUGUGUCUUCUGUAAAGGCGAGAUGUCUUCUACGGGAUGCACUAGAUGAGUAUUUUGUCAUACACAUGGAAGGUGUAAACAUAUUGGCUGUGAAUUAUGGUUCCCCGGGAUCAUGCCAGUAUCCACGCCAAUUAAAGCUUCCUUCAAAAUGGUCUUUUAAGUCGCAUACAGUCUUGAAGAACAGCGAACAAGCUCCUAGAACUCCAGUUUUUACAGCAGAAGCUGACGAAAGUGUCGAGGGAGAGGAACUGAAGCCACCAGAGAAGUCGUUCUGGGCUAAAUAUUGGAUGUAUUUGGUCCCUCUUGGAUUCAUUCUCAUCAACGCCAUGACUCAGGCCAUGAACAUGGCCGAGGAACCGGGUAAUGGCCAGGCAGGUGCACAAACACCACAAGUGGCGGCAGGACGUGGCCAGGCUGCUCCUGUGCGAAGAAGAUGAACAUUUCCUACAAUGUUCAAGAAGCCGCUCAUCAUUUGAUUUUUGGCAGCAUGAAGUAGAGAACAUCUCCCGAUCCUCGUAUUCCCUCCCUCAUUGGUCGGCAAAAUCACUUUUGAAGUGAGCUAUCUAUUAAGUUUUUCUGUAAGUCGAACAUCGUCGAUAGAGUCGCAUCAUCUUUCAGGUAGAACUAUGUUCAAUUAUUUAGCUCUAACUGUCUGUCUGUGGGGAUGUUUUUGAAGUUUUGAACUUCACCACAUAUGUCUGUAUAUCAUUGAAGCUUGAAUCAAUUCCAAUGUUCAUUUUUGGACUA